AUGUGGAUUUUGGUUCAUGGCCUUCACAAUUAUCGGACUAAUACAGGAAUUGACCUUCCGUUCAAAGUGACGUCCAUUCACCGUGAACUGGACAAGAACACCAGCGAAUUAACCAUUAUCCUCAAAUCGAACUUUUCUGCUAAUAGUAGUGCGACUAAAAUAGUCGUUUGCAUUCCUCUAUCCAAAAAAACCUCAAAAGUGACAAUUUUAAACGUCAAGGGAAAAGCCAAAUACAAACGUGGGGAGGACGCCAUAUUUUGGAAUAUCAAAAAUAUGAAUGGACAGAGGGAGUACCAGUUGGUCGUCAGCGUAGCAGUCAUGGAAGAAUCUUGCCGAGUGAAACAAGCCAAUGCAAAUAUCUCAGUUUCAUUCAAAAUCGAACAGGCUUUCUCUGGAAUAAAGAUCCGCUAUUUGAGGAUAUUGGAGCCACAGCUGAACUACUCCGAAAGAGAUGUGAUAAGAUGGGUCAGAUAUCAGAGUCGUAAUGGGCUGUAUGAGGUUCGGUGUGAUCAUGUCUGA